UUCUUUGUAAACAUUCACUGACUUGAUAGUAGGCUUCUUACACAUCUGCUUGCAAGUACUGUGAGUGAAUCGUAAUUAUUAUUAUUUUUAGCACAUUGCUGUUUUUCAUUUGAUUUAGUCUGCUUUAUCAUAUCACGAAUCUCUAUGCUUUUCCCUUUGUCCUUGACCUUCGUUUUACACAUAAUAUAACCCUCAUCUGCUCUAGAAACGAAAACUUUACUGGGUUGUUGACGCAGCUCCCUUAGUUUCGUUUAUCGUUAAUCUGAGCAAUAGGUGGAAAGUGAAACUUAGCUUGUUACUGUCCCCCCCAAAUAAGUAACCUUCCCUUGUCAUACCCUCCCUAUAAAAACCAUCCUCAGUUUCUAUAUUCAAACAGACAACGUGUGGAUGAAGAAAUAAAGCUGUAGAAGGAAUGUCUGAGGACAAGCUUAAGCUGUUGUCCUGCCACUUUACUUGGGACCUGAAAAAGGAGGACGCCGACCUUCAUUUUCUCGAAGUGAAAAUUUGUGAAAGACUGGCAGUGAAACGCGAGUAUGAAGGAAACCUGAAACAAAGAGAAUUAAAUUUUUUGGCCUUCGUUAAACACUUACAAGGAUUUGACGAAGAGGCGCUUAAGACCCUGCGACUGGCAAAGGAGGAACAUCCGGACGAUGACAGCAAUGUGAUCGUGACGUACGGAAACUUGGCCUGGGUGCACGGUCUCACGGGCAAUGGGACUGAGGCUGAGACUUACAUAGAGAAAGUGAAUGAAAUCCUAAGAGCUUUCCCUGCCCCGGCUCCAGCAGAGCUUCACAGAGAAGUUCAAAGCGAAAAAGCCUGGUCGCUUCUCAAGUUUUCUAGAAAGACCUACAUCAGGGCUAAGGAGAGCUUCCUUGAAGCUUUAAAGAAAGAGCCGGAUGAUCAGGAAUGGAACACAGGCUUCGCUUUUUCUCUGUUUCGUCUGGAGGGACUGGAGAUUGGUCAGUACAGACGUGUACGGUUUGAAGAGUCUCCUGCUGUGCUCCAGCUGAGGAAGGCUCUGAACCUGGACCCGGACAACGCAAUGAUCCAUGUGUAUCUGGGGCUUAAGAGCUACAAGAACGCGAACACUGUAAAUAACGCAGAGGCGUGGCAGUACAUGACGCGAGCGCUCGAGAUGGCUCCAGAUAACCUCAGCGUUGUUUUGCGCGUUGCAAAGUUCAUGAAGAAAGAGCAGUGUUAUGACAAGUCCCUGAAAGUGCUGCUGGAAAUGCUGAAGAUCGCACCAGGCUCGUCACGUUUACAUCACGAGAUCGCCAACCUCUACCGCUGGAAAGCCAUGCAGAUGAAUGACGCACACAACCCGGAGCUGCUGGACCUUUGCAUCCAGCAUUUGGAGGAGGGUGCCAGGUUAAACCCAGGCUACAUAUACCCACAGCUGGAGUUGGCGCUGAGGUACGCGGAACGAAAGCAGGCGGCUAAAGCAGAGCAGAAGUUCACCGAGCUGUUUGCCCUUCCUGACCUGAAGCCAGCUGACCGUCAGGCCUGGCGUCGCAUGUAUGGGGACUUCAAACAGUACAGGUGGGGCUCAGAGAAAGCUGCCGUUGAGCAUUACAAGCAGGGGAUGAUGCUGGGGCAGGUGUCCACCGAGUGGUUCACAUGCAGAAACAGACUGAGAAAAGUCCUUCAGAAUGACAGACGGGACACGUAUGAGAUCCGGACGUUCUUUCAUUCCCUUAAAACAGAGAACAAAGACGAUUAAGAGAGAACCGUUCAAUUCCUGUCAGAAUCUUCACUCAUUAGCAUUUUUUCAUUUUCGUUUUUGAUUCACUGAGUGUUAGCAGAGUUAAAUAUAAAUUGUUCUUUUUUUCUAUAAUCUGUUUUUCCGUAUGCUUAUUAUAAAUAUAACUAUAACACAAUAAUCCUUAUGCGUCUUUUCAAGUUAGUUAAACCUCACAUUUAAACCUCACAACUAAAACUAGUUUUUUAGAUGCCGUUUUUCAUUAGGUGAUUGUUUUGUUUACAGGUGUAAAGUACUGAGUAAUAUUAAUUAACUACAAGUAGUAACUCUAUGGUUGGGAUUAGGUUUGCUUGCGUGUAAUUGUGCAUAAUGUAACUUGUAACAAGGACAACUCAAAAAUGAAGUGUUACUGAUGUAUUUUUCUUUAAGCUACUGAUGAUUAAUUGCUGACAGUAUGUGUCUGAACUGAAGGAAAUAUUGACCAUUACUGAAUUGCUGUUAAUAAAUGAACAUAACACCUG